AUGGCGAGGUUGCCUGCCUUGUUCGGAGCCAGCAUGAUCGCUGGACUGGCCUACCUACAAUAUCAGGCUGCGCAGGCCGGGAACUAUGCGAUGGACAUCUUUCGGCGAGCUAGCGACACCGCAAGCGCUUCAGCUUCGAGCAUCUUUCAAGGAGGCAGAGGAAUUGCAGAACAGAUUUCUCUAGGCUGGGACAAGACAAAGGAUGAGACCCAACUCCCCGAAUGGCUGCAGAAGAUACUGCGGCUGGAUGAAGAGUCACAUUCCCACGGACAAGGGGGACCAGGAGGCGAACCUCCAAACCAGUCAAGGGCGGGGGCAGCCGUCGCUGGAGCAGCAGCAACAACCGGAGCAGCUUUUGGGUACGAGCAGUCGCCAGAGGAAGAUGAUAGAUCCCAUGAGCAAAUAGCAAGAGACGAUCAGAUGAUGAUGCUCACCAAGAAAAUGAUCGAGAUAAGAAGCAUAUUACAAGGCGUCGGACAAUCCGAAGCGUUGACAUUACCGUCCAUUGUCGUGAUCGGCUCGCAAUCCUCGGGAAAGAGCUCUGUCUUGGAGGCCAUAGUGGGCCACGAAUUUCUCCCCAAGGGUUCAAACAUGGUGACGCGGCGGCCGAUCGAGCUGACACUAGUGAACAGUCCAGAUGCAAAGGCAGAAUAUGGAGAAUUUCCUGCCCUGGGCUUGGGCAAGAUUACAGAUUUUAGCCAGAUUCAGAAAACUCUAACAGACUUGAACCUGGCUGUGCCAGUCGAGAAAUGUGUCACAGACGAUCCUAUUCAACUAUGGAUAUAUUCUCCCAACGUUCCGGACCUGUCAUUGAUUGACCUUCCUGGCUACAUCCAGGUUGUUGGAGAAGACCAGCCGGCAGAACUGAAGCAGAAGAUCUUGGAUUUAUGCGACCGGUACAUCCAACCCCCCAACGUCAUUCUUGCCAUCUCAGCCGCCGACGUUGAUCUUGCCAAUUCGACAGCGCUGCGGGCCAGCAGAAGGGUAGAUCCCCGAGGUGAGAGGACCAUAGGAGUUAUCACAAAGAUGGAUCUCGUCGACCCUCGCCGUGGCGCGGAGAUCUUGGCCGACAAAAGGUACCCGCUGCGGCUCGGUUACGUUGGCGUGGUGUGCAAAAUACCCCAGUCGGCCUCAGGACUGUUCGCGAGAAGUCGUGGUAACUUGACAAACAUCAUUACCAAAAAUGAGAACGCCUACUUUUCAUCGCACCCGCUCGAGUACGGCCCAGAGUCUGAUUUGGCGGUCGGUACCUCAACUUUGCGCAAGAAGCUGAUGCACGUUCUAGAGCAAAGGAUGGCAUCAAGCCUGGCCGGAACACGCGAUGCAAUUAUACAAGAGCUGGAAGAAGCAACCUACGAAUUUAAGGUCCAAUACAACGAGCGACCGUUGAGCGCAGAAUCAUACCUGGCAGAGAACCUUGACAGCUUCAAACACUCGUUCAAGGAGUUUAGUGAAGCUUUCGGUCGUCCACAAGUCCGGGAAAUGCUCAAAGAGACGCUGGAACAAAGGGUUAUGGACCUUCUCGCAAAGAGGUACUGGAACCAGCCGAUCGCGGAUCUGACAUCGGUACCAUAUGAGGCCUAUGCGCUGGCGGAUUUGCCCAAGGCUGAUCCGAACUCGUUGUACUGGCAGAGAAAGCUGGACGCCUCGACUUCAGAGCUAACCAAGCUGGGGAUCGGUCGACUGGCAACCACCGUGGUCGCCAACGAGCUACAAAGCCAGAUCGACAGAUUGAUCGCGAGCUCAACCUUCUCGUCUCACCCAUAUGCGCAUAGUGCCAUCAGGGAAGCUGCUGCAAACAUCCUCAACGAGCGGUUCUACAGCACUAGUGACCAAGUUGAAAACUGUAUCAAGCCAUAUAAGUUCGAAAUCGAGGUGGAAGACAAUGAGUGGAUCAAAGGUCGAGAGAGCGUGGCCAAAGUCAUGAAGAAAGAGCUGCGUGCAUGUGAAGGGGCUCAAAAGCAGCUCGAGGGGGGAGUUGGUAAGCGAAAGUUGAACGACGUGACAACGUUUGUGGACCGAGUGAGAAGAGGAGAAAUUGUUCUCGAAGGUGACGGAGCCAGCGGCGCAGGAGGAUUCAGCUCUGCUUUACUGCAACAAGGCCGUGAAGCAGUCUUCUUGCGCGAUCGAGCGGAGACCCUCAAGAUGCGUCUUCUGGCAGUGCGUUCGAGGCAGUGCGCAAGCCCGACCAAUAAAUACUACUGCCCCGAAGUGUUCCUUGACGUGGUAGCCGACAAAUUGACCUCUACGGCUGUGCUGUUCCUGAACGUCGAGCUUCUGUCUGAAUUCUAUUACAAUUUCCCCCGGGAGCUGGACGUACGAUUAGGACGGCAUCUGAGUGAAGCGGAGGUGGAAAGAUUUGCCAGGGAAGAUCCGAAAGUGAGGAAGCAUUUGGACGUUAUUCGCCGCAAGGAGAUGUUAGAGAUGGUGUUGCAGAAGAUUGAGAGUUUGCGGCAGCUCGAGGGCCGGGCCAAGGCCAGUGUUGCUGCUGAGAGGACUGCAUCGGCGGCGAAACAGAGGAGUAAAGGAUGGAGCAUCUUCUGA